CCAGGAACCCGAAUCAUUUAUGAUCGAAAGUUUCUGUUGGAUCGUCGAAAUUCUCCCAUGGCUCAGACCCCACCCUGCCAUCUGCCCAAUAUCCCAGGAGUCACCAGCCCUGGCACCUUAAUCGAAGACUCCAAAGUAGAAGUAAACAAUUUGAACAACCUGAACAAUCAUGACAGAAAGCAUGCAGUUGGGGAUGAUGCUCAGUUUGAGAUGGACAUCUAACUGUCCUGCAAGGAUCAGAAGAAUAGCAGCAACGCUGAUACCUGUGUGUGUACCUGAUUCGGCCAAUAGGAUCAACAAUGAAAACACAGAAGAGGCAGUACCAGCAGUCCCCAUUGCAGUGCCCCCUCCUCUUCCUCUGGGUGCCAAAUGAUGCGAAGAAGAGCUUCAUCUGACUAUUUCCUCUUCCUGCUUCUGUUCCCUUUCCCACUUAGAUUAGAUUGAAGGCCCAUGGCGUAUUUCUGUAGAACUAAGCAGCCCACAAAGGAAAACAGUUGAAUUCUGGCUUCCUUAGUCAUUUUUGUAUUGAGAUACACCACCCCGUCUCCAAUUAAAAAAAAAAAUCCCAAAUCAGAUAUCAACCUACCAACAAUUGCUGGCUUCCAGGAAAGUCUGGGCAAGUGUUACAGAGGUUUGCUGGGUUCAGCAUUGUUCAUGUUCUUGUCCUGUGUCUCCUGCCUGUCUUCCACCCAUGGUUCAGUGCUACAAGAGUCUGGUUUGGGGUCUUCAAAACCAGAGGGAAAUAAACAAGAAAAGAGCUGCUCUCUCUUGUCCCUUAAGGUGUUUGUCCCUGGGGCCAGCACAGGUUGUACAACUCUGGUAGCACUACCUGUGACACUGUUCUGAAGUCUGCUUCCCCUCCAUCCUCUGGGAGGAAUGCCUUCUGUCUUUGGUAUAAUAGUUUCUCUUUCCAUUCCUUUACUUAGCACAUGUGUGCAAGCAUUUUUAAACUCUACAUGAGGGGGUCGUCAGUAACCAGCUGUUCUUUCCUCCUCUCCUAUUCCUCCCUUCUUGCAUCAUGUUGCUUGCAAUCCUAUUGUACUCUGAGCAUCCACAUAAUUUCAGAGAUAGAGCACUUUGGAUAAGGCCUGAUCAUAGUACUUAAGCAUGAUUUUGGAAGAACCUUGGCCCAUUUGAGUCACUAGUCUUAGUUGUCAUUGUUUUUUUAAUCCAAUGAGCAUUGUAAUAUUAUCGCAGGCUGCAGUUUUUUUAUAUUUUUAAAGAUGACUUCCAGAAUGCUCUUAGAAAAACUAAAUGUUUUUCCUUUGUGGACCUGCUUUAUUUGGCUGCUGAGAUAGAUAAGCAUGGGCUUCAAAAUGUGUUCCUCCCCAUUUUCUUGCUUUCCCUUUGUACUCUGAAUUUUCCCUUUCUUUCCCUUCCUCUCUCUCUCUCCUUCCUUUUUCUCUGCCAGGCCAUGUUUCAAAUAUACAUCAAAGAUACCUCAAGUGUUGGUAUCUGAUAAUAUCUGUCACUCCUCUUAUCUGAGGAGUGACCUUUUAUUUUUUAAGAUGACUACAGACCUAUUUUUAGAUAUGUUUUCAGUAAAUUCUGAACAGCAACUUUUUAAUCACAUCUUCCAGUGUUAGGAAGGUGAGAAAUGUCUGUAGGCAAGUCUGCUGUUCCAUGUCACCAUCCUUUGUCUCCUGCAGUCCCUUAGGAGCGCUUUCCUUCUCCUCCUAGUUUUGGGUGUGCAUGCUUGGCGUUUGUAGUGGGUGGGUGGUAAAGCUGGACCGUUCUGCCUUGUGGGUUGUUCAUGAAAGCCUCCUUCUUCUCCCUUACCCUUUGCUCUGUCAUUCCCUCUGCUCCCUAGCCACCCCCCUGACUAUUGACUGGCACAGUAAUCCCAGGAGAGUGACUCAGUCCCUCUUAGAAAGACUAAUGCCUCUGUCCCCUCAUAGAAAGACAAGUAGCCUCUGAUAUCCUGGGAAUUUCUGGUUGGAUUUGGUGCCCUGAAUCAUCUAUUGAGAUCACUGCCCAGGGUGAGAGUAAUGGGCCAGUUGGCUAAGAAAGAAAGCUGUUUGUUUUUCUUUUGAACUAUGAAAAGACCCUGUGUGCAAAUACAUCUUAGACAAAAGAGGGAGGAUGUCCAAGGAACUUCGUUCUGCUUUCUGCUAUAAAAUGUGAAUAGUUCACAAAGUGAAACCUUUUGUGAUGGUUGAUGUCUCAGGAAUAAGCUGGACCUCCAAAGUUUUGGAGAUGCUUUCAGUCUCAGAAGCUGAUGAUCAGAAAAGUAUUGUUUGUUUGUUUACUGUAUCCCUGUUCCGAUUUUAAUUAAACUCCAGAUUUCGCUUUA